GGUUUGCAAGGCCCGGCAGCUCGCGUUCAGGCGGAAGGCAACUCGCUACUGCGAGAUUUUGGAAUACAUUCUCGGAGAUUUUCCUUACUUCGGAGCUUUGGCGUGAUAUUGUUAUCAUUAACCUCAACGUAUCGUUAAUUGGUGCGUCUGUGUUUUCUUUUAUUCAGCCCUUUAUUGGAUUAGGGCAGCCACUCGCCACAAGAAUGAUACCGCCGAGGUGAAACGAGGGAACAUCGAGGCCAGAAAUUGGACCUUUUCUAUCGUGAGCCGUCGUUCUUCUUUGUUUUCGAAACUGCCAUUCGCUGUUGGGUUCUCUCUCGACAACAUGGCGGCUUAUCGGCCUCGGAGAAUGAGCUCUGCGAACCGCUUCUUCCUGCGCGCCGUAUUCCUUCUGUUUACGUUGUCGGAGAUCGUCCACUACGUCCACGCAAACCAAUACCCCAAAGAGUCAGAAUACACGGCGCAGCAUGGAAAGUGUGAAAAGAUCACCAUACCGCUGUGCAAGGACAUUCAGUACAACGAGACCAUCAUGCCCAACCUACUCAACCACAUGAAGCAGGACGAUGCGGGACUGGAGGUGCAUCAGUUUUUUCCUCUCGUCAAAGUCCAGUGCAGCAGGCAGCUCAAGUUUUUCCUGUGCACGAUGUACGUGCCGGUGUGUACGGUCCUGGAGGAGGCCAUACCCCCGUGCAGGUCCCUGUGUAACGAGGCGAGGACUGGCUGCGAGAGCCUGAUGAACAAGUUCGGGUUCGAGUGGCCGGAGACCCUCAAGUGCGACCAGUUUCCUCCGACGGGGCUGUGCGUGGGUGAGAACACCACAGAUCAGGCUGAACCCACUAAAAGACCCCCUGGUUCGUCUGGCGGACCCACUGGUUCUGGAGUAAUUCAGCCCGGAGGUACUAAUCCUGGAGGUAGGUCUGAGACUCACACUGUCACACUCACCGAGCUCAUACACAUCAAUGAAUCAUUCAUAAUUCAUGUUGAUGAUAUGACAGCCACUGUUCAUAUAGCAUUUGCAUUCAUGUUAUUGUUUCAUUGGCAAUUCACAUCUUUUUUAUAGAUAUGUUGUUUGUUGUGUUAAAUGAACCUUUCAAACUUUCAAAGGCAUGUUCAGAAAAGCUAAGCAGAGCCAGAAAGUAACUUUUUGCUAAUAAAUUAUUCACUGGCACCCCCAUUGGUGUCUAACGUUAAUAGAACAGCAGUUAAUAUUAAUAUAUUAUAGAAGUAUGUCAUUGGAGGUGUUUUCACAUCAACCAAUAUUUUAUAUUUAGAUGUGGCAUUGUGGGAAGGAUAUAGCUAACAAGCUUGGCUUCUUUUGGUAUGGGCUAGAGGCUAUUAAUAUAUAGAUAUAUAGCCUAAUUUAAAACAAAAGGCUCCUGCAGGGUUGAAUGGAUCUAGACCAAACCUAGUUCACCAUACUGCACUUGUUUAUCCAUAUGAUAUUGAGAUACUGAAAGGGUACUGCUGUCACAUCCACUGCUUCAUUCAUAUUAGCUGUUUAAAUAUCAGUAUGUCAGUAGGCUUAGAGGAAUGGAGGAGGAUAUUUUUCAUGUAAUUUGUGGCGCCCCAACGGUCCAAUGACUAAGGAACAUGGUGUUGAUGAUAAUGAGACACAGACAACAAUUAAUAUAGUUUUUACAGGAAUUCGAGGACUUAAAAAACAAGUAUGAGUAUGAGCAUAUGAAAAAAAACUAAUAUUGUGCCCCUGCCCAUAACAGGAUGUUUUAAGUUCCAUCACACCCCCCCAUCCCCUGUGUUUCAUUUUUAAAAAAAAUAUUUUUGUUGUGAGCAUGCCUUUCGUUCCAUUAUAUCAAAAUGUCUCUCAAUGUAAUGUGCACGUGUGAUUAGUGUGAAAUAAGUUAUAGUUAGACCAACAUGCACCCAACCCUAGGGUGCAGUAUUUGGGGCUGUAAAUGGUUUUCUGUUGAGUUGCAUACUGAAAAAAGAUUGAUAGAAAUAAACUCUAGCAGUGACUAUCAUCCGAUCAAGAUUAGAUUGCUGUAACAUUUGUUUGUGGGGUUUACCUCAAAACCAAAAUCAAAGACUCCAGAAGGUACAAAAUACUGCAGCAUGUGUUGUAAAUUGUAUCGGGUAUAAAGAAAUCUGACCACAUCACCCAAGUUCUUAAGAUCUCCAUUGGCUUCCUGUGAGUCAGCACAAUGACUACAAAAUUCUGCCCCUGCUCUACAGCUGUAUAGAAGGCUCUGCAACUUUUUAUCUUCAAAAGCUGAUUUCUAAAACUGUAUCCACACAGAACCUAUGCUUUUCAACACAGUCCUUAUCGAGAGUUCCCAGCGUGGAUGGACACAGAAAGAAGUCAUACGUGAUGCUGAAAGUGUUUGUCUAUGUUAUACCUCUCUCUGUACUGUCAUUGACAACAGUGAGUCAUCUAGCAACUUCAUUUGCUUGCACAUAAGACUUGGAUUUUCCCCAGGUACCAAUGUCUUCAUGCAGGGCAAAUAAACAUAUCUUAUGUUCUUUGCAGAUCAAUACAUGUACAUAGUGUUGCUUAAUCAACUGCAACAUUAGAAGCAGUUCUUAUGAAGUGUAAUGCCAUUUCUUGCACUGUUUCAAUGCAAACUCUGUCAGAGCAAAAGGCUAACGGCACAAAUUCCUGUCCCUAGUACCGAAAAAAAAUAUAAAUGACUUAAGAUCGUCAUCUCGUGGUGGAGUAUCAGACUCAUUUUGCAGGACUUUUGAUACAAUCUCAAUUCUUUGACUUAAAGCAACAGAUUUCAAUUGAGUCCAACAUCUUCACUUCUCAUAAUUUGUCUUGUCUUUAUUUUGCCACUAGUCUAAAACAGUACUACAUGAUAGUAGUGCUAAUCAUAGGCAUAAGUUAUAUACAGGCUGAAGCCUAGGGGUAGACAACUCACCGGUCGCCCAAGGCUGAGAUGGAUCGACAAUGUGGAGAUGGAUAUACACCAGUUGGGGGUUCGCGCAUGGAGGCGGAAAGCCAUGGAUCACUCCUAAUGGAAGGAUGUGAUGGAGCAUGCCAGGGCCCUACAUGGGCUGUAGCGCCACUGAUGAUGCUAAUGUUAGAGGGAUGCGAGGCAGUACUAAAUGAAUGGCAUCCCUACAUGGGCUGUAGCGCCACUGAUGAUGCUAAUGUUAGAGGGAUGUGAGGCAGUACUAAAUGAAUGGCAUUUGAGAUGAAAUUUUGCUCAGGUUAAAGUAAAAGGGAAAAAGUUUGUUUAAAUUUCAUUUUGUCCAUUUUUAACUAAGUGUUUUAAAGCACCCGACCCAGCAGCAUACUGUACCUUGGCCAUCCUAGAGUUUUCAUAUCUUGUGAUAAAACAGUCAUAGUGCAGCUAAUUUCAAAUGUGAGCAGCUGCCCUCCCCUGCGUUAAGCUUCACAGAAUAAGUACAAGCUAGUUGAAUGGCAGGCGUGUGCAAUCCUUUCAGUAGGAGCUACUCUUCAACACACACAGACAAUGAGCCAUGAAAAAUACCUUAGUGUCAUUACAUGUAUGACCACGUAGGAUAACAAAAUUAACUUUUGGAGAGAAAAGAGCGUAUGGUCUUGUUCAUGUCAUUUGUGAUUGCCAUGGUCAAGCAAAGUUGGCAUGGAUUUGAUCAGGAUACCAUGAAUUGAUAAGACAAAAAUUAUUCAUAUUGAAAGACUCUUUUUGUUUUUUAAUUAUAUAAUUAAAGGGGUCUGCUUUAAUAUGCCCUGAUCAACUUACUGGAAUAAAACAUGAUUUUGGAACCAGACCAAAUUUUAAAAAAGUAGGUUGAUCCACUGUUUUACAGAAAUUAUGACCAACAGUUCUCAACCUGUGUGUUUCACCACCUCUGGUUUGGGGGUCACAUGACCCUUGCACUGGGGUCGUAUGAGACCAUCAGAAAAUACAUAUUUAUGAAGUAACAACUAAAAUUCGCUUUCAGAUUCAACCUAUUCCUUUCAUACUGAUCUAUAUUCUUAUUAAAAUACAAAGGAAUAUGUAGCAAUGCUAGAUUGAAUGCAAUGUGUAUCGAUUUUAUGUUUAAAUUUGUAGCCAUGCUUGGUUUAUUUAAAAAAAAUAGAUUCUGAAGAUAUUAAUCAUUGUUGAAAAGAAGAAAUCAAUGUACAUUUUAAAAAAAAUAUUUUUUUAAAAAUGUCCAAUUUCUUAUAAAAUUGAAUAAGGCAUUAACGAUGUGAUAUUAUUUUUUAAAUAUUUUUUUUGUUGACAUCCAAAUUUGUGUUUCUGUAAAUGGUUUUCUAUUUACAUAGUAUUUAGUUUCAUGCAAAGCCCAUUAAAUGCUCUAAGUAUUAGUUUCAUACAAACCUGAUUUCAAAUACAAUCGAAGCGGCAUAUUUUAAAAAAUUUUUUAUCUGUCUUCAUACUUUAAUAAUUUUUUUCAGAACUGAAAAAGCUGGAAAAAUAUUGAUGUAAUUUUCGAUAAUUGCUACAAAUCCCAAUCUGUUCAGGGACAAAAUUCUAUUUUCUUGCAAUGCAAAGACAACAAAAAUAUUUCCACCUCAUUCUGUAAGUUGUAUUGUUGUUUUCAUCCUAAUUUUCUUCUUUCGUCCUUCAGGCCAAACCUCUCCACCAAAAGACCAACAACCCACAACUGAUCUAGGUUUCCAUUGCCCUUCAGUGCUGACAGUACCAAAUGGCUUUGACUACCACCUCAAGGUGGGUGAUGAGCUUGAAAAGAACUGUGGCGCCCCUUGCUAUGACAUGUUUUUUGAUACUGAUGAACGUGAGUUCGCCCGAUGGUGGAUCGGCAUCUGGUCCUGCAUCUGUCUGGCGUCCACUCUCUUCACUGUCCUCACCUUCCUCAUCGACAUGCAGAGGUUCCGCUACCCGGAGCGACCUAUCAUAUUUCUCUCAGGAUGUUACUUCAUGGUGGCAACCGCUUAUGUUGUUGGAUUUGCCCUCAGGGAGAAGAUAUCAUGCAAUGAACCAUUUGAGCCUCCAAAUAUCAAUACUGACAAAAAAGAUAUGCUACCUGUUGUAACCCAGGGCACCAAGAAGGAGGGCUGCACAAUCCUGUUCAUGAUGCUCUACUUUUUCAGCAUGGCCAGUUCAAUCUGGUGGGUCAUCCUCACCCUCACCUGGUUUCUUGCAGCUGGGAUGAAAUGGGGUCACGAGGCCAUCGAAGCCAACUCACAAUACUUUCACCUGGCAGCAUGGGCUGUUCCUGCCAUCAAGACCAUUGCAAUAUUGGCCAUGGGCCAGGUGGACGGAGAUGUCCUCAGCGGCGUCUGCUACACUGGAAUAUUUGAUGUUGAUGCUCUCCGCGGAUUUGUGCUGGCACCGCUGUUUGUGUAUCUCAUCAUCGGCACUUCAUUUCUUCUGGCUGGGUUCGUAUCCCUGUUUCGCAUCCGUACGAUAAUGAAGAGUGAUGGCACCAAGACGGACAAAUUAGAAAAACUCAUGGUUCGUAUUGGUAUCUUCUCAGUCCUUUACACUGUCCCAGCUACGAUAGUCAUUGCCUGCUAUUUUUAUGAACAAGCAUUCAGGGAUAAGUGGAUGGUCACAUGGCAUAGUCAAACAUGCAAUGAGUUUCGUUCAAACUGCCCCAGUGGCGUCACUUCCAAGCCAUGGCCAGAUUUCAAUGUUUUUAUGAUCAAAUACCUUAUGACUGUGAUUGUUGGCAUCACCUCCGGAGUAUGGAUCUGGACAGGUAAAACCUUUCAUUCAUGGAGGACUUUCUCCAGCCGAAUCUUUGUGCGCAGAAAUAAUGAAUCUGUGGUGUAGAGUAAACUAAUUCUUUAAAAAUGGAUUUCUAACAGUUGGAAGAAAAAAAAAUUAGUCAAAUGUCCUGAAAAAAAAUAUCGGGGCUUAAAGUCUUGUAGCAUUGUUACAAGUUUGUAAAUACUGGAUCAACCAUGCGGAUAACUAGCUGUAAAUCUUUUUACUUUUCGAGCCAUGUGGAUAUCCAUGAAUUGUUUGGGAAUAGGAUAUGAUUUGGCACUGAUAUAAAAAAAAAAUCUACUGAUGACCUGUUCCUGUUGGUGGAUUACUUUCACAUUUAAAUGUGUACAUAAGUAUUUGUACUUGCAAACUGGAUUUAUUCUGAAUUUUUCCAGAGUGUGGAGUAUCUCUGGUUUCAUAGCUUCACCACAUGCGAAGUCAGUGAAUUCAAUUAUUGUGUAGCUUUAACUGAAAGAGUGAGGGUCUUGGGAAAUAUGUGGCUUUCUUAUAUUCAUGAGUUUCUCAUGCUGGCAUCAUCUAUUUUCAUGUCAAGCACAACAAACUAAAGUCACAACAAACUAAAGUUUUAGCUGAUGUGCGAAGGGAGUGAAUACGUUUAUUCAAAGACGAGGGCUCCUUGCAUUUCACCGUCAACUCAUCUCAUCGCUGAUACGAUAGCUCUUGUUACCUUGCAAUAAUCCGUAAAUGAAUUGUAUGAUAACUUACAGUAGUGCACAUAAUUUUAUCCAAUAAUGUCUGAAUGAAUGUACGUGACUGCCAGUGUUGAUCCUGGGCAUCCAUAGUGUAAGUUUGCACGAAAAGGUUGAAUUUUUUUUUAAAAAUAUAAAUGUGCAAAAGCGUUUGUUGGUUUUUUUUUUACCUGAAUGUGUGAGUAUAAUAAUUUUUUUAAACAUAUUUGUGAUGUCAUUUAAGAUAAACACUUACAUUUCUUUAUAAAUUUCUUUUUUUUUUUUUAUAUGACAUAGGUGGUUUACAUAGGUGAUAAUUUGCAUAGGUGAUAAUUUAUAUAGGUUGUGCUAAAACAUUAUUUUUCUUUUGGUCAUCUUAAAAGUCUAUUCUUGAGCGUUGUGUGGGGACAGCCGCGUGGAUUCAACACGUUGUUGUGACUUGUCAGUAUUUACAAUUAUUCAAAUAGUUUGUGAGUUAUUGGAUUGACCUGGUAUCCAGUAUAUGCAGACCAACAGAUGAUUAAUUAUGCUGUAGCAAACAAUGAAAGGAUUCAGAGGUCAGUAAGUUAUCAAUUCGGGUGUUUCGUGUUGGCCAUAUAUGCCCCAUAUAUAUAUUAUUUUUUUUAAUACA